CACGCUUGACAGUGAUUGACAGGCGUCGGUGGAAACUAGCCUACGCAACCAAUCUGCCAAAUCCAAUAGAAAAACAGAAGCAGGCAGCACGUCUUUUCCCUCCUCAAAAGACAUCUUCAUUCUUGUGCUGUAAUCUCGCGCCCUCGAACACUCGGUGUCUCCAAACCAGAGGCAGCCUCAGACCGAUAGAGCGACAUCUCCAUUUCUCUGCAUCGUCUACGUUCAUCUGCUGACUCUGGGAUUGCCUUUUUGUCUGGAUUUGACUGGGGGAGACAGAUAAAAGCCACAUAAAGCACGAAACUGUGCAUGAGGUAGAAAGGACUCAGAGGGGGAAACAGAAGCCUUCAUGUUUCAGUUGCCAAUCUUGAAUUUCAGUCCCCAGCAGGUAGCGGGGGUAUGCGAGACUUUGGAAGAGAGCGGAGACAUCGAGCGUCUCGGCCGAUUCCUGUGGUCGCUGCCCGUCGCACCCGCUGCCUGCGAGGUGCUCAACAGAAAUGAGUCUGUGCUAAGGGCUCGGGCUAUUGUAGCCUUUCACACUGGGAACUUCCGUGAGCUUUACCACAUUCUGGAGAACCACAAGUUCACCAAAGAGUCCCAUUCCAAAUUGCAAGCACUUUGGCUGGAGUCACACUACCAGGAGGCGGAGAAGCUCCGAGGUCGCCCGCUGGGGCCAGUGGACAAAUACCGGGUACGGAAGAAGUUCCCUCUGCCUAAAACAAUUUGGGACGGUGAACAAAAGACGCACUGCUUUAAAGAAAGGACCCGGCAUUUACUUCGAGAAUGGUACCUCCAGGAUCCUUAUCCGAACCCAAGUAAAAAGAGAGAGCUUGCACAAGCUACAGGACUCACUCCCACUCAAGUGGGGAAUUGGUUUAAAAAUCGAAGACAAAGGGACAGAGCUGCGGCCGCUAAAAACAGGUUACAACAGCAGGUGUUGUCUAACGGCUCGGUUCGGUCCCUAACUGGAGAGGAUGGUGCUGUAGACCGACUGGGCAACGCUUCGAGCCCCGAAGCGAGCCUGUCGAGCAAAGCCGCUGCAUCGGCCAUCUCCAUCACUUCAAGUGACAGCGAAUGUGACAUCUAACAUCGCACCGAACCGGCCCGCGGGGCUAUACGGGAAGACUAUGAGAAAAUUAACACAUACGAAGGAAAUCGAGACAGACAAUCAGCAAGAUAAACAAGCACAUUGGUGCCUGCCUUAACGUAUCAGAGGCCGUGUUUUUAUUUUGUUUUAUUUUUUAUUUGGAGGCUGUUACAUCAGCCCGGAAUCGUGGGAUUCAUGGAAUGCUUUAUAUUUUAAAAUGUAGGCUAUUUAUCUUUUUGUGAGAGCAAAGUGGGGCAACCGAGAAAAAAAAAUACUAUCUGUAUUAACAACUUUUGUAAACAGAUUGCCUCAAGCAAAUGGGUGCCCAAAUGAUAUUCACACUUUUUGUUAAUUUUGAAAAGGACUUCAUGGUGAAACAUUUUACCUCCCAGGUUUUCUAAGGUGUUUACGCAUUAAAUUGUUGCUCUUAUAGAAUCAGAUUUUUAUUUGCUUGGUCAUUUCAGUCUGGUAAGUUUCGGUGUUAAACGAUCUACUUUUAGAGCAUGUGCGCCGAUAGUGAAUUAAAGACUUAACGCUAAUAAAAUUUUGAUGCUCAAAGUAA